AAUACAGCAGCAAUCAAAUUUAUAAUUAAAAUACAGUCAUACCUCGGGUUGAGUACGCUGCGGGUUGUGUACUUUUGGCUUGCAUACUCGGCGGACCCGGAAGUGUUUACUUCUGGUUUUUGCCGCGCAUGCAUGUGCAGAAGCGCUCUAUCGGUGCUUCAUGCAUGUGCUAAAGCGCCGCUCGGGUUAAGUACUUUUCGGGGUGUGAACGGCACCCCAGAACGGAUUGAGUACUUCACCCGAGGUACCACUGUAUAUACAAAGAAGCAGCUGGUGAAAAUCAUGUGGAGAAUACAGUAGUCAAAAUGACAAAUUUAAUUGAAAAGCAGAUAUGUCUAGAGCCCUUUGGAAGAGUUAAGGUCUUCGGUCGAUGGUGAAAUGCCAGCUAAAAAGGACCAAUGAAUUUCCCUCCUACUGAACAUCACAAAAGCAAGAGGCUUCUCGUGUGUCCCACCAGCCAUACCUCAGAAAGAUGCCAAACGCAAAAAGGACACUGGGUGGAAAAGGUGGUCUUUUAACUUUGGUUUGUCAGCUAAAUGAUGGUAUAUCACCCACCCUUAGGGAAGAAUUUAUCAUAAUAUUCAUGCACUGGGCAGCCCAUCUCUGGCAGCCUUAAUUAGCCAGGAUGUACAUGUAGCCAGCUUCAGGCUUCCCAGAACCCAGCGCAUCUCCUCAGGCAGCCCAAGUUGAAAAAAGACCCAUCGCAACAGGAGAGAGAUAGAUGCCCAGAAUGCAUCAGUUGGUGUCGCCAAUGUGGAGUCAAAGUCAGAGCAGAUGUAAAUGACUUUGUACACAAAGCAUCUUACACACUGGUCUCAGCAGGCCACCAAGAAAGCCAUCACCCCCCUCUGAGGGCCCUGAUGUAAAUUCCUCUGUUUAUCCUUGUUUGCUGAAAUAAUUUAUGAAGUACUCAAGAAACCUUCCCAGAAAUCUGAUCUCAGUACUUUGAAGGCUUAUGACUAAAUAGCACUAGUAAAUGAAAACCUCUGCUUAGCACAGUGUUUUCUCCCAGAAUGAUGUGUUUUCUAACGAAAGCCACCUUUAUCAAAAAGUAGGAUACUAUUGAUUUUGGUGUGUGAUUAACAUUAUGUCUUCUAUUUUUGACCAAACUCUGGGCAGCUUGUUAGAACUGUGGAAUAUAAAUAAUGGAGGUUUCAGGGGUUGACACUAUUAGGCAUUCACCAGCUACCUGAACCCCUGGGGUGGCCCGGGACUGAAUCUGCCACUGUCUCAAAGUUAAUGUAGCCAUUAGCAUCCAAUGCCGAUGGUCCUUUAAUUUCUGGUUUUUUGUUGCUCUGGGCUGAAGCCCAGGUCCUGCCAUUCUAAACCCCACAACCAACACUGCUUCCAGGACACUUGUACAACGUAACUCCAGUGUAAUGCUACAUUGGGCCUCAGAGGAAUUGUUGGGGAAUUAAAAGGGUGGGUGCCCGUAGUACAACUUGCCAGUUAGAACACUGUUUGCUGUCAUUGUGCCAACCUGCCACUGUAAAGGGUAAAGAGGGAGGACUGUUGUGUCAACUGAACUCAACCCACCCAAGGUAGUGAGGGUGCCAUUGGAUAGUAUUCAGUUCUAGUCCUACUCAAAGUAGACCCAUUGAAAUUAACAACAUGACUCGGGCCUAUUAAUCGGUUUGGUUCCUGGAAAACUUAGUUGGAGACAACCCAUGAUACCAGGCACUAGUUCCUGAAAUGAUGCACACGUAUAUUGUGAGUGCUUGUUUCUUACUGUGGGAUGAGGAGAAAGGACUUCUAUCUGGUCACACAAACAAAAGAAGAAUGUGUGAAACAGCCAAAGCUGAAAUGUGUAAAGAGUUAGAUUGUGCUACUAUUGCUAGAAGAGGGUUGUUGUUGUUGUUGUUGAUGUUGUUGUUAAAAAGUUGUCCUGCAGUUUUAACACUACAGUGCCAUAUUGGUUCAAUACAGCAAAACUUCAUGCAACUAGUAAAAUAAUAUUGUCAUUAAGACUAACUACAUUCCCCAAACAUUAGAAGAGCCUGCAGGAUCAGGCCAAUGAUUCAUAUAGUGCAACGUCCUGUUCUCACAGUGGCCAACCAGAUGCCCAUGGGAAACCUUUAAGGGAACACAACAGCCUUCUAACCCACCAGCAAUGCGUAAAGGCAGGCAUAUUGCAUGUGUGCACACAGCAGGGGUGGCAGCUCCUAGGGGCUGAGCCCUUUUGGGCUCCCCUUUAUUUUUAGGGUAGGGGCCAGGCCCCUGCUAUGCCUCCAAAGUGUGGAUCCGAAGAGUGGAGCCGAGCGCAAUGUGCCUCCAGUGACUGGCUCCUCCUCUUCCUCUUCUUCCUCCUGCCACAGAGGGGAAGGAGGGGCAAAGCAUCAAAGAGUAGGUGGAGGAGGAGCUGCCGACAAUUAAGCCACAUUGCCACCCUGUUUGGCUCCUCCUGACGUCAUGCACUCAACGUUGCUCCUCCCCCCAUCGCUUUUGCAAGCUAGCGCCUCUGGCACAUAGCCAUCAUGGCUAUUCCUUAUUUCAUUAGAACUGAUCAGUGCCAAGCUUCCAGCGUGUAAAAAAAUGCACCCUCAAGCUGGAUAUGAGUGGGUCAAAAUAUUACUCAGGCCCUUUUAUCACAUUACCUUUGAAGAACUGGAAAGGCAAUGCCAGAGGUCUUGGAGCCCAUGCCCUCUAUGCCCCAGUGCCAUGAAAUGAAAGUGUGUGUUUGUGUUUGUCUCUCUCUCUCUGUGUGUAAAGGGUAAUGUGAGAUGGUGUUAAUACCUCAUCUGCAGUUAAGAUGGUAAUGUAAGAAGCUCCUGCAGGGUUAAUGAGCUCAGAACUGUGCCUUGUGUUUUUAAGAUCUUGGAUUACACAGGAGUAUGCGGAGAGACAAACAAGAAAUGAUAAUGGCUCUCUUUGAAAAAUGGCUGGGUCAUUAGCUGAGUCACUCUUUUGCACUGGCUGGAAUUCACAAGCCUUUUUGCAAGGUGCCAACCAACCCAUGGUAAAGGUAAAGGAAAAUGUGGUAUCCCUUUAUGCUAGCAAGGCUGGCGAUUAAUUCUGUUGCUUACCUUAGUUACAGAUUCAGUGGAAUCCAAAGUGGGUUCUGGGUGGGUUCCUCCUUAGGCAGAUCCCUUAGGCAGGUUCGUAGCUGAUCCACGGGGGCCAUUGUCACUAGCACUGUAGCUCAGGUAUUUGCAUUUUGGCUUUUAAAAACUUCAUCAAAUUGUGGUCAACUUAAAGAAGAGCCAUCCUAUAGGGCAACCCCCCCCCCUUUACUAUACUAUUUAUACGUGUUUAAUAUGUGUGCAACUGCACACAUGCUCAACUGCGCACAUGUGCAUUGCGCCGAAUCUGGAAGUGACCUGAAAAUGUCACAAAAAAUGUCACAAAAAGGGGUUUGCAGGCUUUAUCAAUGGUGUUUCAAAUAUACUUGAUUUCACUUGAACACACAGUACCUUGGAACGUAACCGCCACAUAAAUGGGGGGUUGCCUGUAUUCAACACAGCUCUUUAAGAAGAAAUGUCUUCUUAAAGGAAGAUGCACUUGGCAACCAGCAGUAGUAGGCCUUCCUGGUGUGGGUUGAUGGGGUUGUAGUGCUGCGACAUCUGGGGGAAUUUGGUAAUAUGGCACCCUGAGUGAAGACAAAAUUUUGUGCCUCCCCCCCCCCCAAUAUUUCUUAGUUUCACAAUAAUUUCUUUUGGUACAGUUGCAGUUUUAAGGAUCUUCUCAGUAGAUAUUGAUAUAAAUACAGUGGUACCUCUACUUACGAAUGUUUCUACUUAUGAACGGAGCUCCGUUCGCCAUCUUGGAUGCGGUUUAGAUAGGAUUUUUUUCUACUUACGAAUUUUUAGAUAGGGUUGCUUCUACUUACAAUUUUUUUCUCCCAAUGCAUUCCUAUGGGAUUCGACUUACAAAUUAUUUAGACUUAUGAAUGUGCAUUCGGAACGCAUUAAAUUUGUAAGUAGAGGUACCACUGUAUAGGUUUUAUUGCUGUUGCGAUUGUUAUUUUAUGCCCCUUUGACUCAGCAUGCUGUGCAUGGGGACAGCUCACACCAACCUAAAUCUUGCGCUGGCCAAUGACUUUCUCGUCCCUUCUGUAGAACCACAUAACAUUUUUAUCUAUUUAAUAUGUUUUAGGUGUGCUUUUUACUGGCAUCCCCCCCCCAAUGUUAAAAGUGUGGCACUUACUGUAACAACUUCAUAGUAAAUACUGGCACCUUUUUUUCUUAGGAAAAAAGAGAGGAAAAAAUAGCACUGCAUUUUAAUACUGUCUUUUGGCUCUAGCAAGGUCUCAGAACAGCCAAAUCUCAAAUUAGAAGAAUUAAAAGCCAAAAUAAAACAGUUAAAACUAAAAUCACAACUAACAAAAUUAAAAUAUCCUAAAAGCCUUGUGAAAUAACAACAACAACAACAACAAACAUUUGUCUCCAACAGUGGACAACUAGUCACACGAGCCUAUGGUAGAUAAUGGGGUGUACACUGUUUUUUUGUAUGCAAAAAUAAGAUAUUUGUAUAAAUUUAACUCAUUUCUUGUGAAAUGAUCUUUCUUCAAAUCCCAGUCUCCCCUCAAAACCUAAUUUCAGCAUUGCAUUCUCUGUCCUAGGCAAACGGACCACAACUUUUAGUGACUUUUCUCUCUGACACCCCCAACGUUUACUUCUCACUUUGUAAUUGUUUCUCUGUUGUAUUUGCUUUGCUAUCAUAAACCUCUCGGAGUUGUGUGGUUUGGUAUCAUACAGCAUUACAGUACUGUUAAGAGAGAUAAGAUAUAAAUACUGUAUAAUUAUUCCACCACAGUUGAAACUUUUAGACCUUAUCGAGACCCGCAGGAAAUAACUUGGCAGAAAGCCACCAAACGUCCCCCUUCCGCCCGUGUUUUCAUUUUCUACUUUAAUUGCUGUUAAAAACUGGGAAUUAAUUACUUUUUAUCUCCUUGUCUUGGAAGUGUCAUAGGGCCAAGUUAGGCACGAUGAUGAAUGGGUGGCUUGCUGUUGAAACACCCCACCCUUCCCCCAGUAACCUACCUGUGGAUUGGCAUCAUGUCACAGACUGGUUGGAAGCAAAGGAAUGGUGGGAGGAACCACCUGGGGAACCCCCACGGGAAGAAGGCUGAGGCCGUGGGGAUUGGUGGUGGGACAAUGUUGAGUGGUCAGAGGGAGAAAACUGGGAGGAGGUGUCAGAAGCUGAAGAGGUAACAGCUUCGUGAGCAGGAGGAAUCUGUGGCAGAGAUCAGAAGUCCAGCAUCAAAGGCAGAGGCUGAAGCAGGAGAGGAGGGAGGCCAAGAGGCAGAGAUGAGUCCAGCUGGUGAAGAAGCAAGCACAGAUGUCUCCCCAUCCUGCCGUGACAAACGUCCCUCUCCCUAGUCUCCCAGAACCAGGAACAACAUGAAGAGGCAGAGGAGAAGUUAGCUUCACACAGGCACAGUCUGUUUGCUUAGGAAAAACUCUGGAGAGGAGAGGACCUAGCCAGCUGUGUACAGUAUCAGAAUCCUAUAUACAGUACAUGGAGGUGCUGUUGGACAAUUUAUUUUAUUUUAUUUAUUUAUUCCGACUACCAACACGGCUGCCUACCUGAAUCUGGUACACGCAGAGUUACGUAUACACAGUGGAGAACUGAGAUUGCCCUUGCCCCUGCCCCUGGUCCCUUCUGACACCUGCACAUUCUAGUUCCCGUUCAUGUCAGAAAUUUUCAAUUUUAAGUGAGUAAGGAUAGUGCAGCUAGGGCAGUGUGUGUGUAAAUAUCCUCCCUGUUUACUGCUGCACAUGUUGGAACUGGAUGGAGCUGCAUAAGAAGAAGUUUUGUGGAACAGGAAACCAGAAGAGUGGAAUAGACUUUUCCUGUGCAUGAUGGCGUUUUUACCUCAAAUGAAUGCAAUUGAACGGUGGUGGUCCACAAAAGUAAAUUAUGGGGACAGUUGUGACAACAUGUAGGAUGCUCUCUCUUUUUUUGAUCCAUAGAGAAGGAUGGAGUCGGGCCAUGUUUAUUCCUCCCUCAAUUACACGUGUUGUCAGAUUUGCAACCUUCUGAAAUGACUCUGGUGUUCAGUAUCUGCAGCGGUUCAUGGCUGUUGCACUGUGUUGCAGUUGCUUUAAAUGUCACCAGUGUUUUGCAACUUUUUGCCCCAAUGAAACAAUUCCAGACUGAGUGUUUAGUUUGAUUUAGAGAUGCCUCUUCCAGCUUCUUUUUUACCAUUGGUGCUAUUAUGCCUUAGGGUAGAAGACUGCAGAGGGUUUUGUUGUUGGUGUUAUUCUUUACAAAAUAGUCCUUGGAAUAACUUGUCACUACCUAGUUUUGAAAACUGCUUCUUGCGUUAACUCUCUCGGGAAGGUUUUUUUCCUCCAGUAUGUUUGAGAAUUCAAUAAUGCAGCAGGCUGCUUUUUUUGCAUUUUAUAUUAUUACUUUGUGCACAUAUGCAUCCAUAAUUGUUCAUCAAUAUAAAGAACACUAAGGGACCCAGGUGGCGCUGUGGGUUAAACCACAGAGCCUAGGGCUUGCUGAUCAGAAGGUCGGCGGUUUGAAUCCCUGUGAUGGGGUGAGCUCCCGUUGCUUGGUCCCAGCUCCUGCCAACCUAGCAGUUCGAAAGCACGUCAAAAAUGCAAGUAGAUAAAUAGGAACCGCUACAGCGGGAAGGUAAACGGCAUUUCCGUGUGCUGCUCUGGUUUGCCAGAAGCGGCUUUGUCAUGCUGGCCACAUGACCUGGAAGCUGUAUGCUGGCUCCCUCGGCCAAUAAUGCAAGAUGAGCGCCGCAACCUCAGAGUCAGUCACGACUGGACCUAAUGGUCAGGGGUCCCUUUACCUUUAUAAAGAACACUAAAUAUUGUCAAAUGGAACCAAAUCUAUCUUCUGGUUGCAAGCAGUAAAGGCAGAUGGGUAGUCUCUCUGCAGCCUUACAAUGGUGAAUAAUAUAUUGCUGAUGAGGAACAGAAAACAUAUGAGACUAAACAGAGGACAAAACUAAUGUGUGAUUUAUUUUUUUUAAAAAUGGCCUUGCAGAUUCCUUGAAAAAGAGAUGAAAGAAAAGAACUCCUAACACAGCCUUGCUUCAAAUAUCCUUUGCUGAUUUGGUAAUUAUGUCUUAGCAGUGUCAGUAGAGUAGCAUGGUGUUUAAUAGUGUAUAUUAAAAUGUCUGUAGCAUUAUCUCAAAAGUUAUAACAAGCUAAUUUUGACGUUAGCUGGGCAAGUUGAUAAGGCCUUUUUAAUAAAGUGAUAUAAAGGAGCUUGGGUAAUUAUUUUUCAUUCAUGUUUGUCUUUUAAAGAACCAAGCUAUCUGUCAUAAUUUCACAAUAGCCAAAGACAGGACAUCAUUAGGAAAUGGCUGCAGGAUGGGCAGAGUGGGCGACAUUCUGUAAAUAUGUGUGUACCAUCCUCUUCUAGGCAGAACACAUUUAGCACACAGAUGCAUCUAGAUAUUAUAAAGAAUCAUAAAGCACAAGUAAAGGAAUAGAAAUGGGAAGAAGCCUUAUGGAUGUUUUUGGGUUGCUAUACUAACAUUUGUGGAGAAAUGUUUCAGAACUAUCAACCAAUUUCAGAUCUUUUGUUGUUGUCAAAUUCUGUUGUUGUUGUUGUUUUAAUCAAUAAGUUUAAAUAAACUUGUGUAUUUCCAAAAUGUAAAUAGCAGCACCUUUUUUUCAGACAGGAUAUUUUCAGGGGCAGCAUGGAGGCUGUGGAACUCAUUGACAGUUGAAAUCUGCCACCUCCCUCCUGUGUUGGUUGGUUGUAGGUGGUGACUGAAGAUGAGGGCUCGCCUGAGAAAUUUUGCUGCCUGCGAUACAGGAAUAAAUGGCACCCUUUUCCCUGCUGAAGUGAAGAUGUAUAGUGCCAACAGCUGGCUGAACUAUUUUUUGCAAAAAAAAAUGGGACACAAUAUCAUGUGUCUCUCUCUGCCUUCUUGGCAGUAAGAAUGCAAAGAUAAUAAAUCAUGGAGCAAUUUUCUGCCCUUCCGUGAUACCCCAAAUUUACUAAAUGGUAGGGCCAGGCUUGCAAAGACCCUUUUGUUUUAAUUUGCUUUGAAAAUAUAAUUGUGGCUCCUAGCUUUGACUGCUUUAACAAGCUGCAAUGGUUUUUUGUUUUGUUUUGUUUUCUGUUUUAACAAUCUGGGCUGUUUCAAUGCUUGAUUUUCUAGCUCAUAUUAUUAUUGAUGUGCUUCCGCGUAGAUGUUCUUCAUUUUGUAAGGUGACCUCAUUGCCUUCCAUUCGAAAAAGAACAGGAUAGGAAUAAGGUUGCUGGACUUCAGGUGCCACCCCUUCUUCAAGGAUUUUGCUAUUUUGCAGCAUAAAACCUCAACUCAUUAAGCUGAACUGUGAGAAGCUGGAAAAUAAUUUUGAUGACAUCAAGCACACGACUCUUGGUGAGCGAGGAGCACUUCGAGAAGCAAUGAGGUGCUUAAAGUGUGCAGAUGCCCCCUGUCAGAAGAGCUGCCCAACUAAUCUAGACAUCAAGUCAUUUAUCACAAGUAUUGCAAACAAGAACUACUACGGAGCUGCCAGAAUGAUCCUUUCUGACAACCCGCUUGGGCUAACGUGUGGGAUGGUGUGUCCAACUUCAGACCUCUGCGUGGGUGGAUGCAAUUUAUAUGCCACCGAGGAGGGACCAAUUAAUAUUGGUGGACUGCAGCAAUUUGCUACAGAGAUAUUCAGAGCAAUGAAUAUUCCUCAGAGUAGAAGCCCAUCCUUGCCAUCACCAGAAGAAAUGCCGGGAGCCUACCAUGCCAAGAUAGCUCUUCUUGGAGCAGGGCCUGCAAGCAUCAGCUGUGCCACCUUUCUGGCUCGAUUGGGCUACUCGAACAUCACCAUAUUUGAAAAGGAAGGCUAUGUUGGUGGCUUAAGUACAUCUGAAAUCCCCCAGUUCCGGCUGCCAUAUGAUGUAGUACAUUUCGAAACUGAGCUUAUGAAAGACCUCGGAGUGAAGAUAAUUUGCGGCAGAGGGCUUUCAGCAGAAGGAUUGACGCUCACUGCCUUGAAGGAAGAUGAUUACAAAGCAAUCUUUAUUGGAAUUGGUCUACCAGAACCAAAGAGAGAAGCUGUAUUUCAAGGUCUGGGAGUGGAUCAAGGAUUUUACACAUCUAAAGAUUUCCUGCCAUUGGUGGCCAUGGCAAGUAAACCAGGAAUGUGUGCCUGUCGCUCUCCAUUGCCAUCAAUACAGGGAGCAGUGAUUGUUCUUGGAGCAGGCGACACUGCUUUUGACUGUGCAACGUCAGCCUUGCGCUGUGGAGCUCGUCGCGUAUUUGUGGUGUUCAGGAAAGGAUUUACCAAUAUACGGGCUGUCCCUGAGGAGGUGGAUCUUGCAAAGGAAGAAAAAUGUGAAUUUCUACCUUUCCUUUCUCCUCGGAAGGUUGUGGUGAAAGGGGGGAAGAUUGUUGCUAUGGAAUUUGUUCGGACAGAGCAAGAUGAAGACGGAAACUGGAAUGAGGACCAGGAUCAGAUUGUCCGCCUGAAAGCCGAUGUGGUGAUCAGUGCCUUUGGUUCAGUCCUGAGUGACCCUAAAGUAAAAGAAGCCCUGCACCCUCUCAAGUUCAACAGAUGGGGUCUCCCUGAAAUUGAUCAAGAGACCAUGCAAACGAGCGAACCUGGGAUUUUUGCAGGAGGUGAUGUUGGUGGACUGGCCAACACUACAGUGGAGUCAGUGAAUGACGGAAAGCAAGCUUCCUGGUUCAUGCACAAAUACUUACAGUCUUUACACGGCAUUGCUGUUCCUGCUGUACCCCAGCUUCCUCUUUUCUACACGCCUGUGGAUUUAGUAGACAUCAGUAUAGAAGUUGCUGGAAUCCAGUUCCCAAACCCCUUUGGCCUCGCCAGUGCGACUCCCACCACAAGUUCGCCAAUGAUCCGCAGAGCUUUCGAAGCCGGAUGGGGAUUUGCACUGACCAAAACCUUUUCUCUGGACAAGGACAUUGUAACAAAUGUUUCUCCAAGAAUAAUACGUGGCGUUACCUCAGGCCCCAUCUAUGGUCCAGGCCAAGGCUCUUUCCUGAACAUUGAGCUCAUUAGUGAGAAAACGGCAGCCUACUGGUGUAAAAGUGUCUCUGAGCUGAAGAUGGACUUCCCUGACAAAAUUGUCAUCGCCAGUAUCAUGUGCAGCUAUAAUAAAGACGAUUGGACUGAACUUGCCAAAGUGGCUGAGGCUUCUGGAGCAGAUGCCCUGGAGUUAAAUUUAUCAUGUCCGCAUGGCAUGGGAGAGAGAGGCAUGGGCCUAGCCUGUGGGCAGGAUCCAGAGCUGGUGCGCAACAUCUGUCGCUGGGUGAGGCAAGCUGUUCGGAUUCCUUUCUUUGCCAAGCUGACCCCAAAUGUCACGGAUAUUGUGAGCAUUGCAAGGGCUUCCCGAGAAGGUGGCGCAGAUGGUGUUACAGCCACCAACACCGUGUCAGGGAUGAUGGGACUGAGAGCAGAUGGCACACCUUGGCCAGCUGUCGGGCUGGGGAAGAAGACUACCUACGGCGGAGUGUCAGGAAAUGCCAUAAGACCCAUUGCCCUUCGAGCUGUUUCUGCAAUAGCCCGUGCUCUUCCAGGGUUUCCUAUCCUGGCAACAGGAGGCAUUGACUCAGCUGAGAGUGGCUUGCAAUUUCUUCAGAGUGGUGCUUCUGUUUUGCAGGUUUGCAGCGCAAUACAGAAUCAAGAUUUCACCGUGAUUGAGGAUUACUGCACUGGGCUGAGAGCUCUGCUUUAUCUGCAAAGCAUAGAAGAAUUUCAAGACUGGGAUGGACAGAGCCCACCAACUGUAAGGCAUCAGAAGGGAAAACCUGUGCCCAAGAUCGCUGACCUGGUGGGAAAGAAACUUCCUAGUUUUGGCCCCUACCUUGAGCAGCGCAAGAAGAUAAUAGCUGAGUCCAAAGUGAACAUGAUGGAACAGACCACCCUGGUUUCCCGGCUUGAGAGAAAACGUCUUGUUCCUAAAAAGCCCAUCCCAGCUGUGAAAGAUGUAAUUGGAAAAGCACUGCGGUAUAUUGGAACAUAUGGAGAGCUCAGUAAUACGGAGCAAGUUCUGGCUCUGAUUGAUGAGGAAAUGUGUAUCAACUGUGGCAAAUGCUACAUGACCUGUAAUGAUUCUGGCUACCAGGCUAUACAAUUUGAUCCAGAAACCCACCUGCCCACUGUUACUGACAGUUGUACAGGCUGCACUCUGUGUCUCAGUGUCUGCCCUAUUAUUGACUGCAUCCGAAUGGUUUCCAGGACAACACCUUAUGAACCAAAGAGAGGCCUGCCCUUAGCUGUGAACCCAGUGUGCUGAGGUGAUCAGACCAGCAGUUAAAGCGAACCUUACAUUUACUUGAUUCUAUUGAUUUGCUAUCUAAUUAGUACCAGCAACAACAACUAUGUUAAAAAAGAAUUGCGGGGGGACACCUAAUGAUGGGAGAUUGCUAUAAUGUCAGCUGCAUUUUCCAAUUUAAAUUGUUUGUUUUUUUAUUUUAGUCUUCAAACCAGCAGCGGCUAGUUUAUCAAAUGUUAGCUAUCCUUGCCUUUCCCACCCCACCCCGCGGAAGCAGAACUUUACUUUCUUUUUCUUUCUGCAAAUUCUUGUACGCUAUGAUGACUUUGGUGAUGUCUUCCUCAUAACAACCCACAAAAUUAGGAGAGGGGUCUCUCCCCACUCCCACCAAAUCAGCUAAACCUCAACCAACUUUGUUACCAGGGAAACAUUUGGUAAUUACACAUUUCAUUUCCUUUUAAAACUGUUUUUUUAGAAGAUGUAAUUAACUGCAAAACACAAACAAAGCAAUGCAGAUUCAAUGUGUGUGUUUUACAGGAGGAUGUAAAAAGAGGUUUAAAUGGGUAUUUCUGAACUAUUAAUCAGUUUCAACGGCUGCAGCAUAUGGCACUGUAUUACCUUAAUUCUCCCUAAAUUCUGCUUUGACUAGGCAUUAAAAACUAAAUUUGCAAAUACAAUGCACUCUUCACCAUUCAGUGCUUUUUUUCAGUAGCUUGCAAGAAUCUGAUUUAUGGCGUCUUUCUGUUGCAUCCGUGCCCUCUUUGGAAGAUGAGAUUAUUCUUGCAGUGCAAGGCAGCAAUUCCUUUUCUCGCCCAUAUAGAGAGGUUCUCUGCAACUCUUGCCAAACAAAAGAGAGUGGUGCCAGUUGUAGCAGUAACAACCUGUGCGGUGCAGAGCAGUUGGGCAGAUAUGCUAAGUGAAAUGUGUGAAUGUUUUCCAGCCCUACAGGUGUCCAUUCCAUGCAUGGAUGGGGGCCCCACAGGUUUCCACUGGGCCAUCUCCUCCUCGCCCCAAACCUAUACAGCCUCUGUGCUGAGUAUACAGAGUGGGCAGAUAUUCCCAGAUGACCUCCUGUACCUCACUAACACCGAGGUGCCCACUCCAGGCACACAUGCUGUCUGAUGAGGAGGAUGUAGUGCUCUAGGGCCCUCGGGCAGAGGAGCGGCCCAAAGUUAUGUGAAGUGCAGGAGGCACUCACGUUUUUGGGAACAGCCAGGAGGGUUCUUGUGCAUAACCCAUCCACAUGGAAGCAGGCCAGAGUGGAAUCCAUUCCACAUGGGCAGAGUUUUGUGAGUCAAAAGUGCUAGGCACAGUAUAGCAAUUUUAUAUCUCUCUUGUGCAGCAUGGCUUGGGAAAUGCAUAUAAAUGAAGCUACGCUCACGUUCUGCAACUGCGGUAAGUAAGCGCCAUGCCAGCCAGCAAGUGAAUAACUUUUUAAUUACAUGAGAAAUGUUUAUUAGCCGUGUAUUUCACUGCAAACAAACACACAACCAAUUUAGCUUGAAAACUCGGAGGUAAAAAUAGUUGUCAGCAUAUUAUUAUUGCCAUAUGUUGCAAAGGCAUGUGUUUUAUUUUUGAGUAUUUGCUUCUCAAAAAUAGAACCCGUGUCUUUGCGACAUAUGGCGGUAAUAUGCUGACAACUAUUUUUACCUCCGAGUUUUCAACCUAAAUUGGCUGUGUGUUUGUUUACAGUAGAACUACAUACAGUAAAGUGGGGGGAAAGAGAGAGAUUUCCCACUAUUCUAAAUCAGCAUGUCAGUAACGGCGGCUGGGCGAUGUUGGGUUUUCAACAUUGUGGCGUAUCACCAGCCGAGCUUUGCGGUUCGGCGAUAAACCACAAUGUUUAAAAAAGCUGUAUUGGCCCCAGCCGGCAAGGCGGGGUGAAGCCACCACUGCUUUCACCCCAGUGGCUCCUGGGCUGGGGCUAAUGCAGCUGGACCAAGCCUGCUGCUCAGCUGGCGAACAAAAAGGCUUUUGUCGCCAGCUGAGUGAGCUUCCGCAUCCCGCACUCCCCGAAGAUGGACCAGGCUGCAGUAGCCAAGUGCACAGAGCCUGUCAUGCUCCAUACGUUGGACUACAUUUACCAUCGCCCAUGCAGGAGCGUUGCCUCUUUCCUCCUGCGGUGGUUGUUCAACCCAGGAGGAAAAGAUGCAGCUGAGCAGCCACAAUCCCACCCCAACAAGCAAACAGGAGCACAAUCUGGGAUCUCUCUGCUACCGCUGAGUGAAGCUGGCAUGCCGGUCCUGGGCGAUAUAUUGCCCAAGCCUAGUCUGCUACAACUUAUUCCUCAUUUUCAGUUAGGGUGUUCAUGCACUAGCUGCUGUAUCCCAAAGAAAGCCACGUGCUGUUCGAUAUUUAAAGUAGCUAACAAUGGAUCUCUUCAUUUCUUUAUACUCUCUGCCAUCAACUUAAAAAUACAAAAUUUGGAUCGUGCUUAUUAAAUAAUCCUUAUGUUCAGAUAUCUGUACUUUUUACAAGGUUAUAAAUGAAUCAGAAUUAAAGAACAUUGUGCAACCUGGUGUGUAUGUGUCUUUCUAAAUGGCUUUUGUGGGGAAAUUUGCAGUUUCUAUUUCAUCACUAUCCGUAGUACUGACCAUAGUAUUGUUGAAAUUAAUUAACAACCCUCCACAAUUUUGGGGAUAUAGAGAAGCAAUAUUUUUUUUCGGGGGUGGGGACCUCCCUGCAUGCAAAAGAA